AUGGAAGAAAAAUUCAUCAUUACAGAUAGGCGUUCGGAUGGCAUCGAGGUAAUUUCUGGUUUCUUCUGGUCAAUAACCUAUCAUAACAUGGAAAAUUUUCUGAAUGUGCAGGAUCUGAUGGAGCGAAGACGUGGAAUAAUAGCGAAGUAUGCGAAAUUUUUUAAUAUCAGUUCGCAUCAUCCACUGGAAAAAGUGCCCACCGAAUCAGCAGCCAGUGCGCCGGCGAAUUUCAUCCAGACUGCUGUGUCAGCGGUGAUUUUGAUGACGAUUCUUGUUUAUCUGUUUAUCAAUGAUCUGUGCGCAGUGGUAUCAGUCGUGGUAUCAAUUCUCUCUAUCUGUGUUGGUACCCUCGCGUAUCUUCAUCUGUGGAACGUUCGCCUGGAUGCGGUCUCCUUGAUCAGCAUGCUGAUGAGUGUCGGCUUCUCUCCAAUUUCGAUAAUUGUUGGCUCGGAUUCGAAUGUGAAGGAGCUGUCGAUAUCCUCAUCAUCGAACAUAAGCAGCGGCUCUGAUGUUGGCAGCAUCGAUACUCAGACGAGGCUACUAGUAACGCUCAAAGGUGUUGGAUGGCCUGUUGUACAGUCCGGCCUCAGCACUUUGCUUGGUAUGAUACCAAUGACAGUAGUGCACGCAUACGUGGUAGCAGUGUUCUGGAAAACGGUGAUACUGGUAACUGUACUGGGAAUGCUCCAUGCUCUGGUGCUUCUGCCUGUUAUAUUUCUCAUUUUCGGUGAUUUGAAAUGCUGUGUGAACAGGCUGUGUUGCCUGAAAUAA